GGGUUGGUUAAAAUUCAAAAUGGCCGUAGAGAUAUUGUAACCGUACCGUAGGCUGGAAUAAAUAUUAUUUUGUAUCAAAUUCUUAAAAAAUGUUAUACAAAUAUCUGUUAAAAAAUUCUCUCAUUUAAGCUAAUAGCAAUGAGCUAUUUUCCUAUGCCAUAAAUUUAACACAAGUGUCACAUUGAAAAUGGGAAAAAUAUGGAUGUUGUUUAUACACUCAUUGUUUCAGUUGUUUAUUAUUUCUGAAAGUUCACGUGUUCCUAUUUAUCAAGGAGAUAUAUUACCUCACCAUGGUCGUUGUGAACCAAUUACUAUUCAAUAUUGCCAACAGAUAAGAUAUAAUGAGACGAUUUUCCCAAACUUAAUUGAUCACGUUAAACAAGAAGAUGCUGGAUCUGAAGUUUACAGUAUUUUUACUCCACUUAUAAAAAAUAAUUGUUCACCAGAUUUAAAAGCUUUCCUAUGUUCAGUGUAUGCUCCUGUAUGCACCAUAUUGGAUACACCAAUACCUCCAUGUCGUCAUUUAUGCGAAAUAGUUCAACUUGAUUGCAAUGAACGCGUAAAACAUUUUGGAUUUCAAUGGCCUGACCAUUUAAACUGUUCAAAGUUUCCAGUUAAGACUGAUGAAAGUGUUAUGUGUUUUGGUAAUAAUAAUGUUUCUCAGGCAUCUCGUAACUCACAAGAACGAAGGCUUCCAAAAGUUGAAUAUAAAUCUAGCAUUGACAGAGACCCAGCUAAAUUACAUGGAGCUAAAAAUUAUGGGUUUGUUUGCCCUGUACAAUUUAAAAUACCUAAAAAUUUUGAUUUGGAAUAUUCUCUUAAAGUUGGAGAUAAAGUUGAGCAUGAUUGUGGGGCACCCUGUAAUGGAAUGUUUUUCAGCAAGGACGAAAAGAACUUUGCUAGACUAUGGAUUGGUGUUUGGGCAACACUAUGUGCAUCCAGUUGCCUUUUUACAGUACUCACAUUUUUAAUUGACACUGAUAGAUUUAGAUACCCAGAAAGACCAAUAAUAUUUCUGUCAGUAUGUUACUUAAUGGUAGCCACUGCAUACAUUAUUGGAUGGGGGGCUGGAGACAGUGUCAGUUGUCAAGGUCCAUUUUCAAUGACUGUGAGUGGAACAAAAUUACCAAAUAUCUUGGUUAUAACUCAAGGAACUAAACAUGAACCAUGCACAAUUCUGUUUAUGAUUCUAUAUUUCUUUAGUAUGGCAUCAAGUAUUUGGUGGGUUAUAUUAACACUAACAUGGUUCUUGGCAGCUGGUCUUAAAUGGGGCCAUGAAGCAAUUGAAGCUAACUCUCAAUAUUUUCACUUAGCAGCUUGGGCAGUCCCUGCAGUUAAAACUAUAUCAAUAUUGGCCAUGGGUAAUGUUGAUGGGGAUGUCUUAUCAGGAGUAUGCUAUGUUGGAUUAUGGGAUGCUGAAGCUCUUAGAGGAUUUGUUUUGGUCCCUCUAUGUGCUUAUUUAGUAUUGGGAACCAUAUUUCUACUUGCAGGAUUUGUUUCUUUGUUCAGGAUAAGAACUGUCAUGAAACAUGAUGGAACAAAAACAGAUAAGCUUGAGAAGCUUAUGAUUCGAAUAGGCAUCUUUGGUGUACUGUACACAGUGCCAGCUCUUAUUGUUAUAGCAUGCUUGUUCUACGAACAGGCUCAUUUUGAUUCAUGGAUGAUAACUUGGCAUCGUGAUAUGUGCUCCUCUCCAAAAUACUCAAUUCCUUGUCCAUUCACAAAGCAGGAAGCAGACAGACCAAAAUUUGAAAUGUUUAUCAUAAAAUAUCUAAUGACAAUGAUUGUUGGGAUAACAUCUAGUUUUUGGAUCUGGUCAAGCAAAACAAUAGUAACAUGGCGCCAAUUUUUUGACAAAGUUAAGGGAAGGCGUGUUGAAGCAUAUGUAUGAUUCAGUCUAUUAGCUUUACAAUUUAAACCUAGGUCAUAUCCAAACAAAUACCUGAUAUUUCUGUAAUAUUUUUUUUCAGAUCUCUGGUCUAGUUAAAUUUUGAUUAAGAACCUAUUAUUACAUAUUAUUGGCCAUACUAUUUUAGCUCUCUAUGUGCUCAGUGUUUUAGUAUUAUUUUAAAAACAAAUUAAGUUCUUAACUGUUGUAUUAAUUAAAGGUAGCUCAAUAAGUUGAGAUUAAAUAUAAGGCUGAUAUUGUAAAUAUUAUUUUAUGAACUUAAUUUUUACAUAUUUUUGAAUCUUUUAAGAUCAAUUUUUACUUAUGUACCUCUAAAUAAAUAUAAAUAUUUUUGCAUUUGAAUUCUUUUAUUUACACAGGGGUCAUAGAAUGAGUCUUGUGUAUUCAUCAAUGUGAAUUUUUUUUUUGUCUGCUGACAUUCCAUACAAUUUGUAUUUACUAGUUCAAGUAUACUAACUGAACACUGUUGGCCUUGUGGCUGUAGCAUGUGACUCUCAACUCUGGAUGCUUGUGUUUUAUUUGUCCUUAACAGUGGCUUGUAAAGAAAACUGAUUUACAGUGUAUUUCAGGACAAAAUGUUAUUUACCUACCUGCCCAUGAAGAAAACAUUGUAAAUCCGAUAUAAAAAUCAGAGGCCAAGACUAUGGUGUUUAUACAUUAUUACAUAGAGCCUAACCCCUAAAUUUCUCUCUUUAUUUUCAAUAUCAUGAAGAACAUGUAUAAUUACAUUCUGUAUAAACAAGAUGUUGCCUAGAGAAGCCUAAUCAACAGAUUCUAUAGAUACUUCUUUUUAAGAUUUCAGGAAUACAUACUAAGUAUAGUAUCUGAAAUCUUAAAAGAAUCCAUUAAUUGUUUUGUGUGUGGGCAACAUAAAGUUUGACAAAAGCUCUUAGUGGGAUGUUUUUACCUACACAAAAAUCUGUUUUAAAAUCACCUUAACAAAUUAGAAGAGAUUACAAGAUAAUAUUUUAUGAACUUCAUCCUUUACAUAUGGGUAAAAUUAUUGUAUCAAUGUCAUCUAGCAUUUAAAUCAUUCUAUCCAUAAUGAACUGGGCCAAAUAAGGAUUUUCCAUGAUAUUUGCACUUUUUUUAAUCUAACUUAAUUUAACUAAUUAAGCAAAAAGAAAACAACAAUCUAAUUAAGUGUACUUUAUUAACUUAAUUUAUUAUACAGCUAUCAGAAUGAGAAAUUAUGUAAGGUACAGUAAUUAAAUGAAUUGUUUAAAUGCAUCCCAAUUCACAUAGAAAUUAACAAUCGGCAGUUCAAAUACCCUUAUAACUAUAAUAGUCUUAAUACAAAAUAAAAGUUGUGUACUGUAUUAGAUUGUUAAUCAUAUUACCACCAAAUAUAAAUUCACUCACACCUUAAAUAUUUCACUUAAUAUAUUUUAUUCCAGUGACAGUCUUAUCAAAUAUUUACAAUUAAGCCCUAGUGUAUUUUCCCCAGA